GUUGUGGACUGGAGCACACUCCCUUGAAAGGGAAAGAAGCAGUGCAGGCGUUUGCUUUGCACUUAAUGAAACAGUGGGUAUUCACAAACUUUUCCAGACUUUUUCUAAGGCUUGGCUUUUCCUACAGUUACAAUGCUGGAAUACAGUUGGUAUGGACAGGUCCAGACACACUUUGAAAACCCUACCAAGUAUCAUAUUCAACAAACACCGAGGCAACAAGUCAAACAGUACUUGACUCUGGACACCAAACUGUCCAACCAAACUCUAUCACUGUCUCAUUCCCAUUCAGUCAUCUCUUCAGGAGCAAUACCCAUAUUAAAGAGUGGACAGAUGCUGCCGGCAAGUGACAUCAGCACUCCUGGAAGUCCAGUGACCAAGUUACUAACACUUGGAGGAGAACAUGAAAAUGUGAUGGAUGACGUUAUUGAUGACAUAAUUAACAUGGAAUCAAGUUUUAAUGAUGAAGGAAUGGGUUGCUCUGAAACAUCACUACUCAUGCAAAGAACUCUCUCAGGUAGCAUUCUGGAUAUAUACAACAAUGACCAAGGAAUGCCAGCUGCAAAUAUGGGUCUCACCAAUACUUCCUGUCCAUCUAAUUUGCCUGUGAAAAGGGAAAUCACAGAAACAGAUACACGAGCCAUGGCCAAAGAGAGGCAAAAAAAGGAUAACCAUAAUCUCAUUGAAAGAAGAAGACGAUACAACAUUAAUUAUCGAAUCAAGGAGCUCGGGACACUUAUCCCAAAGUGUAAUGAUCCUGAUAUGCGCUGGAACAAAGGAACUAUUUUAAAAGCAUCAGUAGAGUAUAUCAAGUGGCUACAAAAAGAACAACAAAGAGUCAGAGAAUUAGAACACAGGCAGAAGAAAUUAGAGCAAGCGAACAGGCGACUUUCACUACGCAUUCAGGAACUAGAAAUUCAAGCACGAGCUCAUGGCCUGCCAAUUAUAUCUUCAGCCAGUGUUGUUGAAUUAGCAUCCCAAGUCACAAAACAACAGGCAUUCCCAGAAGACAAUUCCAUCAACUAUUCCCAACAUCUGGCAAUGGCCCACGAACAACACUCUGACCUCAGAGAUGUGUCUGCAGCCUUUUCUGAUCCACUGUCGCAUUUUACAGAUUUGUCAUUCAGUGCUGCAUUAAAAGAACAAAAAUUAGAUGACAUUUUAUUGAAUGAUACAAUAUCACCUUUUGGGACAGAUGCACUGUUGUCUUCCGUAUCUCCUGUUGCAUCCAAAGGGAGCAGCCGAAGAAGUAGUUUUAGUACAGAUGAGGGGGAUGAGCUAUAGCAUGGUAAAGAUUGCAUCGCUGGGUUUUGUUUUACAUUAUUUGGUGCUAAGAAAUGGGAAUAGGUAUUUGCAUUGCUCCUCAUCCCAAUUUUUAAAGUCAGUAUUGCUUGUUCACAGAACUUGUUGCAGAACAUGUGCAACCAUCAUAGAACUAACACAGAAUUUAAGGCACUUUGCUUAGAAGUGACUGUAUUUGAAACACAUUGUAGACAUGGUGUUGAAUCAAGCCAUUUUUUCCACUGGUGAAAAAGGGAGCAGAGGGUAAAAGGUUAUGCUGGGAAUUAUGGGACCUCCAUGAACAAAAAGUAUAUGCAAUGUGGACUGGAGAGAAGAGAGAAAUUAGGUUGGAUUCUGUGAAAAAGCUGUCUGGGCCCAUCCAAUCAACACUGAUUAACUUAGAGAUUAACCUUUUCUUGCUACUUUAAGGCAG